UCUACUGGACUGCACUGCCUUACCAACCAACUGACAGCUGUCAAAAUGGUCUUUUCCGGUUUAAUUCAUCACGAAGAAGAAAUUAAACAAUGGGACGGUACUCGCGGGAACCAGAUAAUGCCACAAAGUCUUGCAAGGCGCGCGGACCCAAUCUACGUGUGCACUUCAAGAACACCCAUGAAACCGCCCAGGCUAUCAAGCGUAUGCCACUGCGUCGCGCUCAGCGUUUCUUGAAAUCAGUCAUUGAACAGAAAGAGUGCGUGCCAUUCCGCCGCUUCAACGGUGGUGUUGGCCGUUGCGCGCAGGCUAAGCAAUGGAAGACCACUCAAGGUCGCUGGCCAAAGAAAUCCGCUGAAUUCCUGUUGCAGCUCCUGCGCAACGCUGAAGCCAACGCUGACUGCAAAGGGCUCGAUGUCGAUCGUCUCGUUAUCGACCACAUUCAAGUGAAUCGUGCGCAAUGCCUGCGUCGCCGCACAUACCGUGCUCACGGUCGUAUCAACCCUUACAUGUCGUCACCAUGUCACGUUGAGGUAAUCCUCACCGAAAAGGAAGCUGUCGUGUCUAAGGCGUCCGAAAACGAGCCAGCCAAGAAGAAGCUGUCGAAGAAGAAGUUGCAGCGACAAAAGGAGAAGAUGAUGCGUUCCGAAUAGAUGUUGUAAACUUAAGUGAUUAAGGUAGUAGAUUCAAGAGAGUGGACAGCUGGAUUUGAUUUUGUAUAUGCGUUCGUGAGUACAACGGUGUUGAACGCAGCAAAUUUUUCAAUAAACAAAAAUUUGUUCAAUACAUAUCUCGA